AAACUGGACCGAUGCCUGACUAAAGUGCAGCAUGACUCGCAUUGCAGCCACUUGAGGACUAGAGGACUCUAUAUAUAGCAAGAGGGGCGAUAUUAAAUUCUCGCAGGGAGGCGACGAAUUCUAACCAGCCCUUUGCUCGUUUAUGAAAUAAUAUAAAUAUAGAAUUCAUUGAUUUAAUUCGGUCCUGUACAAUUCACGCAUAUGCGUUUCAGGCCCUGCUUUUCUUAAAAUAGGACCCGUCAUAUAUCAAACUAAAUGUGUGCCUAUUAGAUGUUAUUUUUGUCUCUGGGAUUUAGCCUCACGUGCAUAUAGUAAAGUCUACAUCGCACAUGCCUUGCUUGGUCUAAAAAAGUCCCCUUCAGAGGUUAAGGUGAGGGUUAAGGUGAGGGAUAGAUCUAAAAACGAAUCUAAAGGUAUACAAGUGGCGUAAAAUUGGAUGUAAAUCUUUGUUUUGUUCUACCUUAAUGUGGUAAUUUAAGGAUAACAUUCCACAGACGAACAUAAGUCACGCUCUACUCUGUACAAGAACACAAUUUUCAAUUCAUUUUCAAAACAGCCCAAAUUGCGCAACAUUGAGCCAAAUUCUCUCUCCGUAUUUUCCUCUAGCCAACGGUCUAUUUUAUAAACUCAUUGACUCAUAUAGCUAACUAACUACACAUUGAGGCGUAGGCUAUCUGUCAUUUUGUGCCAGUGGUCACAUGGCUUUUGGCCCUCAGGAAUGGAUAGAGAUGGAUCCCCACGUCAGCUUGCACGUCUGAGGACUUCUGCUCCACCAGUCUGCCUCAAAGUGACGGGAGCGCAGCGCAGCGGAGGAACUAUGCGAGGACGAUUAUAGGAGGUUUCCAACGGCAGAAUAUGGAUUUUGAUGAGCGGAUUUCUGGCUCGAAUAUGUAUUUACCGAGCUGCACUUACUACGUCUCCGGAGCAGACUUCCCAGGUCUCCCACAUUAUUUAACCCAGAACCAGUCCUCUUGCCCCAUGACAUACCCAUACCCGUCCUCAGCCCUGCCACAGGUCCCGUCCGUGAGAGAAGUGGCUUUCAGAGACUAUGGGAUUGAUACGUCCAGUAAAUGGCACCACAGCAGGGGGAGCCUGUCACACUGCUACCCGGAGGACAUCGUGCACAGGGACGGCUGGACGAGCCCGAGCGCACGGGGGGCAGAGAUCCUGGUAAAAGGCAGCUCCGGCGGGAGUCGCUGCGCCAACCCGACUCCCGGCUUCUAUGGCAGCGUUGGCAGGAACGGGGUCCUGCCACAGGCCUUCGACCAGUUCUUCGACACCGCCUACGGGAGCGCGGAGAGCCGCGCAACGCAGACCGCGCACGCGGCAGACUCGGACAGACACGCCGCCAAAACAAGUCCCGCUCCGGCUCAUCCGGGCUCGGACAUGGCGGAGAGCUGCAGCCCCAAGUCGUCCUCCAGCCACAGCGAGGAGAAACAGAGCAAAAGCAGCAAUGGCCAGAGGACGCGCAAAAAGAGAUGUCCAUAUUCAAAGUAUCAGAUCAGAGAACUCGAGAGGGAAUUCUUUUUCAGCGUUUACAUCAACAAAGAGAAGCGCAUGCAGCUCUCCCGGAUGCUCAAUCUGACAGAUCGCCAAGUCAAAAUCUGGUUUCAGAACAGGAGGAUGAAGGAGAAGAAACUGAACAGAGACCGUUUACAGUACUACAUCACGACGCCCCUGCUAUAAACACUGAACAAAGACUGUCACUGACAUGCAGCCAUUCACCAAGACUGCACUUCUAUAUAUUUUACAGGAUGGAGAAUUUUGUAAUGACUUCAUAUGAUGUACUAUUUAUACACUAUUUUGUCAUUAAACGCCGUUGACAUUAUUGUUAUUAUUAUUAUCAUUAUUAUUAUUAGCAUUAUUAUUAUUAUUAUUAUUCUUAUUAUCUGCAGAUGUCUCGGAAUUCCGUUUGUAUUAUUUAAUAAUACACGGAGAUUACUUUACUGGAAAUUAGAAAAAAACAUUUUCUUGAAUUCUAUAGAAUCUAAAUUGUUUCCCCCAUAUUUACGCACGUAUUGUUAUGACCAGAUAUCUGGACACCAAACUACUGUUCGUGUUUUUUCUUUCUUUCUUGUAAUAUUUUUUAACUUCAUUGUACAAAUACAACUCCGGUGACGAUAAACCUAUUUCGUGUGUUUUUGGCGGAAGUCCUGCAUGUCCGGUCAAUGUUAUAGUUAGAGAGUGAGUUACAUUAUAAUCUGAUGCCAAUACAUCCAUUUCAUGUAUUUCAAGUGAUGGACAUGAUAUUUUAACAUUUGCGCUUAACCCCUCCCUGCAGGCGCUUAGUUGAGCUCUCGGCCUUAAGGUUGGAUUAUUCACGAACUUCAUCCAAAAGGCUAACCGCUGAUAAAAGAACAAAAAACAACAAAUGAAACAUCAUCUCAUAUUUUAUUUUAUGUGCCAGCACGUGCACCGUAUCAGAUACAUGAUAUGUAGGUCUGGUUUUUUUAUUCCCUCAUGGCUGGAAACGGGAUCCGCUGCAGUUAUUGUUUGAUAUCCAUUACAAAGGCUUCAUUCAUUUGUGGGGCGAUAAGGAAAGGCUGCCUUCUGACCUGCAGCAUGCCUGUUGGUUUACUCACACACAAUCUUGACACUUGUUUGAAUGCAAAGACAGGCUGCAUUAUUCCAAAGAAUAUACAUUUAUUUGUGUGAUUAUAGUCUCAUCAAAGUAUACUUAUACUGAAAGACUGUUUUCAUUUCCUCCACUGGAGCUAACCCAUAAGGAAGUGACACUGGGGCAAAUCACGACAAGCUACAGGCAUUCAUUUAUCAUCUGGAGCACUUUAAUCCAAAUAUACAUGUGUUUGAUCCUAUGAAUUUAGACCAUGACGAUUUAUGUUAACCUGCAAGGGAAGGUCAAAUAAAGCCCGCGCACAUAAAGAGAUGGGUAAAAAUGCUUUAGGUGCAUGGCUUUGUGUCCUCCAGGCCCCUGAAAACAACUUGAAUGGCCUACCAUAAGCUAAUAAGGGUCCUGAUACCUUCCUUGUACUGUGCAUCCUGUGAGGCUCUCAGGAAUUCCGCUUUGAUUGCUGCACAUCCUCCCAGUUGCUCCAGUAACUUGGCCAUAAAACGCGGAUUCGUCUGGAGCAUUUGGAGUGUCGUGCAAUAAAGCGUCUGAGACCAAGGUUAUUAACUGUGACUAAGGGGCUGAAAACAACGGCCGGGAACAUUCAAAGCUUGUGUUCACGGACCUUUCCGGCAUCAUUUCUUUCAGCAUCGUUCUGUGGUAGGAUUAUUCUGCGUUUGUGUUGUGUUGAAUUGUGGGCCGUGCCGUCUUCGUCCACUGGGUGGCGCUCCUCAGAUCAAUGUCAUUGCCGUGAAUUGAGAUAUAGAAGAAGUUUGACUCGCCAGUCAGCGGCUUUAACAUAUAUCACCGCUGCAGGAUUUCAUUGUUAAGGUAGGCACAGAAAUGUGAUCACAUGCGUUUUUAUUGUUACACAUGCAGGGUUCACUAAUGUGAUGGAAGGAAGUGGCUUUAUUGUUCUAUUUUGUCCCAUAUCUAAAAACUGUAGACGCUGUUUUAUCAUUUUAGGCAAAUAUGUGAUGAGAUCAUGAAAGCAAGAACAUUGUGCACGUUUGUCUCUUUUAGCAUAAAAUGUAAUGCUGAUUCUCCGGUUUCAGUGUUCCAGAUGUUAUAAGCCUCGAGUGCCUCACGCGCACUGAAAAAACUCCGAGCACUGGGCGUGUGUCCAUGUUGAGACUCACUAACUUUUACAAUCCACAGUUUAAAACGUACAUAUUCUUCAUUUGAUAAAACUACAUUGGAUUUGUGAUGUUUGGUCGGUAUUUAAACGUGACAGUAUUUUUCACAGACCCUUUGUUCACUAUGAAGAUCCGAUUUGUUAAAAAGUGUGUUUAUGUGUGUGCGUGUGUGCGCGGGCAUGUGUGUGUGCAACGUUUUCUCAAACCAUUCUUAAAUCUUUCGAAAAGUCACUAUGUGCGCGUGUCACUGUGCGUGCACGUACAAAAACCAACAGGGAGACAUUUUGAUACAAAACAGACAGUGUGAUAUUUUCAUGAAUUGUCUAAAAUUUGUUGUAACUUUUAAUUUAAUAAAUAAAAGAAAACAAAGUUU